AUGGACAUUGAAGAAGAACCCACGCCCCUCACAGACCCACACGCAUACCUCGCCCUCUUCAAGUUUAAUCGCCGUCUCCCAAAGUGUCUGCGCACAGGCGUGGCCGUGUCGUACGCCGACAUCGGGGCGCCAGACGGUAUCCCCGUCCUCUUCGUCCCGCCCUCAGGGUGUUCAAGGUGGUUCGCCGCGCCUCAAGAACAAAUCGCCUCAGUCCUCGAACACCUGGACGUUAAGCCUGCCCAUAUGCUCGCAACGUCUGCGGGAGUCUACAUCGCACUCCGCCUUCUCUCCUCCUACCCGGACCUCUUCCUUACUGGCCUAACCCCACCGCCUUCAGUGUAUCUCGUAUCACCGUGGUCUCCUCCACUUCCAGCCACAGACCCACUGUCAUAUCGCCAACUCCUUGACUGGAUCCCUAGCGGCGUCCUAACCACGCAGGACACGACCAUCCCGUUCGUGUUCAACGCCGUCCGGGGGGCCGAGGAGGCUUACGGGGCAACGACCAAAGCAGUCGGUGGUGCCGUGACCGCAGUUAAGAGCUGGCUUGGAGCAUGGACUAGCGCGCCUGCCAGUCCGGAGCCCUCGACUCGUAGCCUCCAAGACGAGCGGGAGGACGGCACCGAGACCGAGCUCGACGAGAAGGCAGAAGAGGAGGCGCCGCCGCGCCGACUAUGGGCGCCGACUGCCAAAUACCUCACCACUGAGUACCUCUACGCGGAGGACUUCCGGGGAAUAGGACAGGAACACCUGCUCUGCUUGAACCGCGGGGAGAUUGACACGGGACCGGCGUGGUUCACGACCGAGAUUGACGCCGUUGCUGCUGCAGUGCGUAGGGAGCAGCAGAAUGAGGAGGAGGACAGCUGUCCGAAGAACCGGGCGGAGAAAGAGGCGGAGGACAAGUCUGGGAAUGAUGACUCGCUCCAGGCCGGUACAGAGAAGGACAGCUCCGAGCGAGACGAGUCUGAGCAGGAUGCCGAGCUCGAACAGCAUCCCGAGACAGACAAGCUCCUUCGACUCCCAAUAGAUGUGUGGUGGGGCGGGCUGGACGGCAUGGUCCCGCGUAACGGGCAGGAAUGGCUUAACAAGAGCUUUGCGGCGUACCCACGCGAGAUUGCGUUUGUGACCCACUUUGUCGAGGACGGAGACCACAGCGACCUCAUCAUGCGCGGACAGGGCGUCGGUGAGGUAUACCUCAGCAUUAUGAUGCAGGGGCACAGCACAGCGCGAGAAUAG